UUGGCAACACUGCAGGCAUCACCUCAAGAGAGUGGUUAGCUAGUUAGUUGUCCCGCGUGUUUUAUUUUAUUCAUUUCACACAGCGACAAAAAUGCCAACGCUGUCACUGUGUUCAGCAUACAACUGCAAAAACCGCAGUCCCAAAGCUGGUGUAGGAUUUUUUAGAUUCCCCAAAAAUGAUCCUGAAAGACGCAAACAAUGGAUUAUUAAUAUGAAGUGUAAAGGGUGGAAUCCGCAACAAAACCACCGUGUGUGCUCCGUUCACUUUGAAGACAAGUACAUUUGCGGGAGGGACAUACGUCGACGCCUCACGCCAGACGCAAUCCCGACUAUAUUCGACUUCCCCAAAAACUUUCAAAAGAAGAGUAUUACCUGGGCUGUCAAAGAUGUUGCCCCGAAGGUGGCAUGUGAGAACAUGGAGUUCCAACUUCCACCCCUCAAGCACAUAAUAGAGAUCACAGAGGCAUGGGAGUGGCUGGUUAUAGACAUUAGAGGGCCGCUGCCCUUGACAUUGAACGGACACCAGUACGUUCUGACCUUGACAGACUUCUACUCCAAAUGGGUGGAGGCCUUCCCUCUGAGAGGUUGUAGCUCUACUGAGGUGGCACAGCAUGUAGCUGAAGUCAUCUCUCACUUUGGUUUCCCUUUUGGAAUCCUUGUUCGACUGAAGAAGAACUUUACCAGUAAGAUCAACGUUUCCUUGAACAGUCAUCUGAAGCUGAGGGGGUUCUCUCUCUUAUACCGCCAUCGGCAAGUUGGAUCAUUGGAUCUGGCCACACAGACCCUGAUCAGCAGCAUGGUGUCUGAUCUUGUGAAUGACCAUCCAUACAACUGGGAUGUCUGCCUCCCUGCAAAGGUGUUCAGCCUGUGUUUCAAGGAGCACCCCAAGACCAAGCAGAGGCCUUUCUCUCUGCUGUGCUGCAAAGGACCACAGCCGGUCACCACCCCCAGGGAUCUGUCUUUCAGUCCUGCAGAGCUCAGAGAGAGUUCCUUUGCAAUCCAGUCAAAUCAAGAGGGUGGGCAUGACACUGAUAUGCAAGACAUGGUUGGCAUUGAAUCUGGGAAGGAAACUGCUGGAAAGAGCACAGUUACGAGGGUCUCCUUUUUUAGGAGCAACACCGAGAGUAACAGUAACACGGAUGGUAACAUAGACAGUAACCCGAACACCAUCAGUAACACGGACGGUAACCCCAACAGUAACACGGAUGGUAAUCCCAACACCAUCAGUAACACAGACGGUAACCCCAACACCAUCAGUAACACAGACGGUAACCCCAACACCAUCAGUAACACAGACGGUAACCCCAGCACCAUCAGUAACACAGACGGUAACCCCAGCACCAUCAGUAACACAGACGGUAACCCCAGCACCAUCAGUAACACAGACGGUAACCCCAACACCAUCAGUAACACAGACGGUAACCCCAACACCAUCAGUAACACAGACGGUAACCCCAACACCAUCAGUAACACAGACAGUAACCCCAGCACCAUCGGUAACACAGACGGUAACCCCAACACCAUCAGUAACACAGACGGUAACCCCAACACCAUCAGUAACACAGACGGUAACCCCAACACCAUCAGUAACACAGAUGGUAACCCCAGCACCAUCAGUAACACAGACAGUAACCCCAGCACCAUCGGUAACACAGACGGUAAUCCCAACACCAUCAGUAACACAGACGGUAACCCCAACACCAUCAGUAACAUUGUCGAUAACACCAACAUCAACACAGACGGUAACCCCAACACCAUCAGUAACACAGACAGUAACCCCAGCACCAUCGGUAACACAGACGGUAAUCCCAACACCAUCAGUAACACAGACGGUAACCCCAGCACCAUCAGUAACACAGACGGUAACCCCAACACCAUCAGUAACACAGACGGUAACCCCAACACCAUCAGUAACACAGACGGUAACCCCAACACCAUCAGUAACACAGACGGUAACCCCAAAACCAUCAGUAACACAGACGGUAACCCCAGCACCAUCAGUAACAUUGUCGAUAACACCAACAUCAACACGGACGGUAACAGUAACACCAACACCAACAGUGAACCAUCCUCUGAAGAUCAUUAUGCCAUGGAAAACUGAAGAAUUGAUUGGAUGAGCGCUCUGUCAUGUUGACAUAUUUUUGGGGAGUAGGUUAUUAUUAUUUAUUUUUUAUGUGAUCAUUUUGUUGAAAAACACUUGUCUAUUAUGGUUCAAUGUUUGGCUCCUGUACUGUUUCAAGAUUGUUAGCAGAGACAUCAGUGUGGGUCAGGAGUUUAUGAACCACCAACUGGAUCAAUAAAAAAAUCAGCCAAAACAUCAUGCAUAGCAGCAUAGAUUAUGGAUUAGGGAAUCGCUAAAAGCAAUUUUUUUAUUUUGAAAUAAAAUUGUAUUUGUCAUG